GCGGUAAAGUUGUACGAAGAAGUUGGCGGCGUUUAAAGGCGUUUAAUUGAGGAAGAAAAUCAAGAUUCAAUUAUAUACAUUGAAGGAUAAUUAAACAGCAUUGAAAAUGACAUCGCCAAGUGCCGGUAAACGACGAAUGGAUAACGACGUUAUAAAGCUAAUAGAAUCAAAGCAUGAAGUAACCAUCAUAGGCGGCCUUAAUGAAUUUCAUGUCAAGUUCUUUGGGCCUCGUGGGACGCCGUAUCAGGGUGGCGUUUGGAAAGUUAGAGUCUAUCUGCCAGACAACUAUCCUUUCAAAUCACCCAGUAUAGGUUUUGUUAAUAAAAUCUACCAUCCAAAUAUUGACGAGUCGUCGGGUACUGUUUGUCUCGACGUCAUUAAUCAAGCUUGGACGGCCCUCUACGAUCUUUCGAAUAUAUUUGAGUCUUUUUUGCCACAGCUGCUAACAUAUCCAAAUCCUGUUGAUCCGCUAAACCGUGACGCAGCCUCUUUGUAUCUGCAUGAGCCCGAGGAAUAUGACCGCAAGGUGGCCGAAUAUGUGCAACGCUAUGCCACCGAAGAAGCUUUACGGGCUGCUCAGGUCGAACGCGAAAGCAGUGACAGUGAAUCCAGCAUGUCGGACUAUAGUGAGGAUGAAGCACGAGAUAUGGAGUUAUAAUAUCGGUUUAUAAUUAAGUUAAUGCUAUGAGUUUGAAAUAAUCAUAAAAAUAUAAUAAGAGUUCAAUUGAGAAUAAAAAGAAAACAAAACGCAAAGAAACAACAACUAAACACAUAAUUCCCAGCCCAGAUAUAAGUCUCGCUAAAUGCUAUAUAAAACUAGAUAAUUGUGAAGCUAAUUAACAAUGAAGUUAUACAAAACUACUACAAAAGUCUAAGAAAUGACAAGGACAUCGACACAUUAAAAGAGAAAAUUCCCAUUUACAAGUACUCCCUUCAAGCAAAACAAUCAUUAUGACAAAAGUACGUCUAUGAAACAGAUAAAAUUCCGUUGUCCAUGGAAGUAUAAGGUGCAUUCAGUGGCGCAUACAAUGCUAUAAAAUUCUACCAAGUGGUCCAUAGCAGUUUAAAAUUGUGCGUAAAAUAGUAUUGUUCUCCAUUAUUUGUCCCUAAUCUCAUGUACGCAUACACACAAAACUACUCUCAUCACAUUCUUUAGGAAUUUGUUAAACUGCUCUUAAUAUUUUCCUAAUUAUUCAUGAACGUCGUAAUUUGUGUAUGUGGACGUUUUUCCUUUGCUUCUAUACGCAGGUUAAGAGUGCGUUUUGAUCAAAAUUUGCAAUAAUUUAUAAAUUCUUAAGUCUUGUUAAAUAAACUUAAGCAGUUUUGCCGAUUAAAUGAUUUCUGAUUUAUAUACAGUUAAAGGAAGAUUAAAUUUAAAUUAAAUUUAUAUAUAU